AUGGAGAGGGUCACGGCACGGCUUGACUGUGGUAUCCUGCAAGGCCUUCUCUGCAUCAACAAGGGAGUUCCUGGAGCUGACGCCUUCGAACACGUGCUGAUGAGCGCCUUGAAGAGCUACUCUGUGAUUUGGGACUUGGUCCACGAUGCGCCCCCGCGGCUGCUAGAUCAGUUGGUGAGGGCUUGGGAACCUCGAUGGCUGCUACCUGGUGAAACCAUUGUAGCCGAUGAGGAGCCUGAUGCAGAUUUUGUAUUCGUACUCGUUCAUGGAUCCUGUGUAGUGUUGUUGGAAGAUCGUGAGAUCGAAAAUGUGGGACAAGGAUCGGUUCAAGGAGCUGCUCAGCUCUUGGCAUUGAACGGCUGGACACGGACGGUCCAAGUCGCUCCUACCUGCAAUGGUGAGGCCAUGAUUCAGGUCAUGAAGCGGGAGAAACUUCUAGACAUGCUGGACGGCCAUCCACUGCCAAAAGCUCGUUUACGAGCCUUGGAGCAAUCCUUGCAAGAAGGAAAGGAGGCCGACUGGCGAAUUCUGAAGAACAUCCCAGCGUUCGGAUCCUGUGCAUUCCAGCCAUUCCUAGCUCGUUUGCACAAGGAUGCCGACAUUCGCCUCUUCUGUGCUGGAGACAUGGUUGCCUUCGCUGGCGAUGAUUCCGCUGCAAUGAUGGUGGUCUUGGCUGGCACUGUCCGGUGUGAACAGCCCCAGACGCUCUUUUUUGUGGAACUUCAUCGUGGGGAAUGGUGCUACCAAGACAACAUCCUUGGGAACACACCCACCUUCGGCCAUGAUGCCGUGGCAGUGACCAACGUCCUGGUCCUGGUGCUGUACAGACACGCCAUGCAGAACGCCAUGGUGGCCUAUCCAGAAACCCGCAAGGUCGUCAUUGCGAAUGAAACCUGGAGAAAGAAGACUGGAUGUCCAGAUUUUGGAGUACUGCCUGUCUUCAACAAGCUGCCAGCCUCCUUGCUGUCGGACGUGCUCGAAGAAGCGAGGCCUGUGUACUACAGACCAAGCUCCUUGCUGUACUCCUCGGGUGAGCGCGUAGAAGACAACUCGAUGCUCUUUGUGCUCCGUGGCGAGUUGCAACUGGCAAUCAUGGGCAUCGAAGUCCGACGUAUCGGGGCAGGCGGCUACGUCGGAUUGCAUCACUUUAUGGGCUUGGAGUGUCCAGAGCCGAACGUUACAAUUCGAUCCACCCAAGCCUGCGAUUGUUUGCUCUUGCAGCAGUCCACGAUGCAGAAGGCUCUGGAUGACGAGUUGAUGGAGGAUGACAUGCUUCCGUACACUGCCUCUCAACGAGUACUGGCAGGGGGCGAAAUCCUGGAUGCCUUUGGCUUCCCAGUGGGGGAUGGAAGUGCCAAGAACAUGCCUGACUGCGUGGAACAGAGCGAGGUCUUCAGGGCGUGUUCGAAGAGUUUUGUGGCACAGGUGGCUGAGAUUGUGGAGGACUUGGCUUUUUGGCCUGGAGAGAAGCUGUACUCCCAAUACGAAGAGGGCGACAUGAUGUACUUCAUUCGAGCAGGACGCGUUCGACUUGAGGUCUUGGGCCGCCGAGAUCCAGAAAUUGUGGAGGCUGGUAUCACUCUGGGGGACAUGGCCGUGCUGGACCAGGUUCCUCACUACGUCGAGACUGCAUACGCAGAGACGCAUGUGUGGGUGCGUGCGCUUCACAAAAAGUUGCUGCGAAGAUCACUCUCCUCCUUCCCAGAGGAAGAGAGAUGUAUGCUCGGCCAGUGCUCCCUGCGAAGGUGUAUGGCAGGAAAACGAAAAGAUGGCGAUAGGAAAGACGGGAAAGCCAAGAAGGCAAAGUUAAGUGUGGAGGCAGCCAAGGCCUUCUUCGAAGAACAUGGCAUCAAAGUUGCCAUCCCUGAGGGAAAGGACGUGGACAUCACUCCUCUGGCGGGCUUUCAAUUUGAUGGCUUUGCCAAGCGGCUCAUCAAGUACUGUCAGAGUAAAUUUGAGAAGCCCACACCGAUCCAGGCUUGCACCUGGCCUCUGAUCAUGCAGAGGAGUGAUGUUUGCGGCAUUGCCAAGACUGGAAGUGGCAAGACUCUGGCCUUCGCUAUGCCGUACCUUUCCAUGUCCAGGCUGGGACAACUGGAUGUCUUUGAGCAACCCUGCGCUUCAGCGCGUUUCGUGGCGAUGGCGCCAACGAGGGAGCUGGCCAUGCAGAUAGCCGAGGUUUGCUCGGAGCUGGUCAAGGCCCUGACAGCAGGAGAUGAGGGCCUCUAUCCGGUGCAGUGCAUCUACGGCGGUGUGCCAAAGAGGGAUCAGCGUGAGGCCAUUUCUGGUACCGGCGUGGACAUGGCGAUUUGCACUCCUGGAAGACUUCAGGACCUGGUGGAAGAAGAAACCUUGGACCUCAGUUCUGUGUUCACGUCUCAGACAUUUGACGAAGCCCAUUUUUCUGACUUCUUACUGCCGAAUUCCUCUUGA